CUCAAGCUCCUCCGAAACUUUUUAUUCACGCCGGCUUUUAUUUCGCCUGCACCCUCACUAUGUCGCGCGUUCCAGCUGCGAAGCGUCGACGCAUUUCUCCCCCCGAAGACGAUGGCUCAGUCUCCCCUCCGCCAAAAGCGCAGCCGAGUUUUGUCGCCAAUGCCGCGAAAUGGGAUCUUGAGCAGGAUUACGAGCAGCGGCCCCGAAAGCUAAAGAAGAAAAAGGAAAAUAGCAAACUUCCUAUUCGAACUACAGAAGGAUGGGUGGAACAAAAGGCGGAUCCCGUGGGAGUCAAUGCUGCAGAGGAAUCGGACAGCUUCCUCGGAUCAGGGAGCGAGAACGAGGAAGAUGAUGAUGAACAAGAACCGGAGGUUGUGGAAGAGAAGCCGAAGAAAUCUCCACGGCAACAAUUGCUCGAAGCGAAGGAAGAGUUAGCGAAGAUUGCAACACAGAUCAAUGAAGACCCGGAAGAGCACAUCGGUGCGCUGAAAUCGCUCGCGAACUAUGCCGCAUCCGAGAAUGUGUCGAUCAAGAAAUUGGCGUUGGCUUCGCAGGUGGCUAUAUACAAAGACCUUAUCCCCGGAUAUCGCAUUCGACCGUUCUCGGAAGAAAGUAUCAACGACAAGCUCUCCAAAGAUGUUCGAAAGCUACGCAUGUUCGAACAAAAGUUGGUAUCAGGAUAUCAAAAUUUCAUCCGUGACCUUGCAAAACUGGCCAAAUCAAGCGGGUCUUCCUCCGAAGUUGCAGCUAAUCUUGCAACUGUUGCGAUAAGCUGCGCGUGCAAUUUGUUGCUUGCGGUGCCACAUUUCAAUUUUCGAGGAGAUCUACUCCAAAUUUUGAUCGGAAAGCUAAGCACAAGGCGGGUCGAUAGCGACUUUGUUCGGUGCAGGGAGACUUUAGAACAACUCUUCCAGGCCGAUGAUGAGGGAAAUCCGACUUUGGAGGCAGUCACUAUGUUGACCAAGAUGAUGAAGGCCAGGAAUUAUCAUUUUGAUGAAAGCGUGCUCAACACAUUUCUUCACCUACGACUACUCACAGAGUUUUCUUCAAAGGCAUCUUACAAUUCUGUGGAUAAAUCUACCGAGGACCAGGCGCGAAAGAUCAAGCAAAAACGGGUGUUUCGCACCAAGAAACAGCGAAAGCUCCUAAAAGAACAGAAAGCUAUCGAGAAAGAGAUGGAGGAAGCAGACGCUGUAGUGGGUCAUGAAGAACGAGAUCGAAUGCAAGCAGAAACUUUGAAAAUGGUGUUUGUCACCUAUUUCCGGAUACUGAAGGCUCGAUCUCAGAUGUUGAUGGGUGCUGUGUUGGAAGGUCUUGCACGUUACGCCCAUCUCAUCAACCAGGAUUUCUUUGGAGACAUUUUGGAAGCAUUGAGGGACAUCAUUGCUACAGCGGAAGUUUCAGCUGCUGCAGAAGCUAGCGAAGAUGACGAAGAGGAGGAAGAUGACAACGAAAUGCCCGACAGGAAUCUCACCCGAGAGUCUUUGCUGUGUGUAAUCACGGCCUUUGCUUUGCUUGAGGGCCAGGACGGCGCCACCGCAGCGUCUGCGCUCAAACUCGACCUUAGCUUUUUUAUCACACAUCUCUACCGUACGCUACAUCCGGUCGCGCUCAAUGCAGAUAUCGAACUUGGAUCUAAGUCACUGCACCUUCCUGAUCCUCAUGCGCCAGGAAAUCAGGCACAGAGCUCAACGAACAAGAUCAACGUACAAACUACGGUGGUGUUAUUGAUUCGAUCCUUGUCGUCCGUCCUUUUGCCUCCCGCUUCAAUUCGCGCCGUACCACCCGUGCGUAUUGCGGCUUUCUGCAAACAGCUCAUGACUGUAUCAUUACAAUUGCCCGAGAAAUCGUGCAUCGCGAUGCUAGGCCUAUUAAACAAGGUCUCUAAGACACAUGGUAAAAAGGUGGGGGCGCUCUGGAAUACGGAAGAGAGGCGAGGAGACGGUGUUUUUGAUGCUCUCAAACUGGAAAUUGAAGGAAGCAAUCCAUUUGCGGCAACCGUAUGGGAAGGAGAACUCUUACGGAAACACUAUUGUCCAGCCGUCCGCGAUGCAGUUGUCAGUAUUGAGAAGACUAUUCUACACACGAGGUAGCACGGGUCGAAUUAUCAACGCACGAUACGCAAUGACAUCUACAAGUGGGACAACAGUAGCGAAGGCCCCUUUAAGUGUAUUUUCUGAAGAAUAGUUGGCCCCCAAUAUCUAUACCUUUUUGUUGUCAUCCCUGCAGGCCCAAAGAAUAAGCAUAGUAGUGUGGCGAUUUUAUUAUUGGCUCUGGAUCUUCCACUGAUGCGCGCCGGUAGCCUUAGAUUUGCCAAUGAACUCUUCAACUCUCACAAUGAGAAAUGCUAUCGCUGAACGCCUGAAGCUGUCAGCCUGAGAGAUGCAGGCUCUCAAGAGUAUGGAUUCGCUAGUAU